GAGAACUCGUCCUGCUACCGGGGAGAGCACACAAUGAACCGUGAGAGAUGCAAGAGAUGAGAGUCGAUCGCAUUUGAUCCCCCAUGGCAAAGAUGAGAGUCAGUCAAUCUCUGAACAGUUGCAGAAACAAGAAAAGAAGACAUACAGAAAUAGGGAGAAAUGGAAGGACGAGCAUAAUUUACAGCUCCAAAAAAGCUCAUCGCUCGCACCAAUGCAUUCCGAGAGAUAAAAAAUCACAUGUCCACAAGGGGAUGGGGGACAGCCUCAGCUCCCUCUCCUCCCUGUAUAAAAAGACCAAUCCACCAGCUUUUUCCCAGACACAGCCACAGGGAGGAGGAAAAGAAGGCAAGUGCAGCCCCUCUGCAACGCCCCGCCCCGCCCCCCCACCCCCCCAACCCCACUAAGCCCCUAUUAGCUGUAGAUUCUUUUGCAGCUUUGCUCCCACCUUUGCUUGAGGGCAUUGACAUCUCCCCGAGCUCUUCCAAGUUCCAUCUCUAUAUACCUCAGCCUCUGUUCCCGACCUCUUCCACUGCAUACACUUUGGCUUCCUCAGCUCUGAAAUGGGGUUCCCCGUUGGCUACCCUGAGCUCCCUAAGCUCUUCCUCCCCCUGUUCUUCCUCUUGGCCCACCUCAGAAGGCUCAUCAACUUGGUCUUCUACUCCCUCGGCCUCGGCAGCCUGCUAGAGUCUGAAACCCAGUGGCAUGACGCAGACAUGCACCGCCACCACCACCACCACCACCACCAAACCAGUCUUCACUUGCUUGCAGCUGAGGUGAUCCAGGAGAGCUUGCCGGUGGUCCAGUUCGAGGACCUACUCGCCGAGCAGGACGGCGGCCAGUGCUUGCCCGAGGGCUGCGCCGUCUGCCUCUAUGAGUUCGAGGGCGCCGAUGAGGUCCGGCGGAUGGUCAAUUGCCGCCACGUCUUCCACCGGCAGUGCGUCGACCGGUGGUUGGCGCACGGGCAGUGCACCUGCCCCUUGUGCCGCGCCCCGCUCGCCAAUUCCGACGCCCCUUUCCAUCACGACGAAGACUACUGUUACUCCCUCUCGCUGCCGCCGGUGUACGCACUGAGCCCACUUCAGCUGCCUUCCUCGUAGCUGCAGAAGCGAUCGGUGAAAGAGCUGCAAGUGUACAGAGGUGAUGCUAAAUCUGCAAACACGGAGUUGAAUGCAAUAAGACAGACGUGCCUUCUUCUUUCCCUCGCACGGUCUUGAUUGGUAAUGAGGCUUGAGAGAGCAGUGAUGGAUGUGGAUUGGGUUUGGAUUGAUUGGAGUUUGCCGAGCAGAUUUCUUGGGGACAACAAGAGUGUAUCCAACAUGUUUGGAGAAGAAGUGUGGAUUUCGGACUGCCGCUUGAAGAAUCUGAAACCUGUUCUGAAGUAGUUCUCGGUUGGAUUGGAGGAUUGAGAGAUAAAGAAGGAAGAAUCGAACCCUACAUACUGUUAUGAAUUGACUUUUGUAUGUGAUCUCUGCUGUCUUUCUUCUGACUUGCCAGCAAAAUUUUUGCUUGCUGACUACUGCUUGUAAGAUUCUAACUUUGGUUUAAUGAGACUGAGAGAGAAUGAUGCCCCUUUCCAAUUCAA